AUGCGGUUAGUUUCCCUACUACCGCUGCUGGCCGUCGUGCUGGCUGCCACAGAGAGCGAGACCUCGUCCGACACCAAAACCACUCUCACCAACACCAAGAACAUCCUCACUCUGGACGGUACCAUCACGGCUCCCAUCAGCGAUGCUGGCACGCGCACCGGUCACUACAUCUCCUACUCCACCACCAAGACCCUGGCCACCGACCAUGGCGGCAUGGUGGGCUCGACGGCCCUCAGCGGUUCCGAGUCGGCCGUGACGACCGCCUCGCACACCGGCAAUGCCACUCACACGACGCCCUACGAGACCAUGACCCGGCUCGUGGGCAACAACACCUCCAAUGCGACGACCACCGGUCCCACCUCGUCCUCGUCCCCCGUCGUCAACACCCAGCCCUGCAAUGGCUACGCCGAGCUCUGCGCGCGCAACUACUCCAACAUCACCAUGGUGGCAGCCCAUAACAGUCCGUUCGUCAAACUGGGGAACGUCGCGGCGAAUCAGGCCUUGGAUGUCGAGGCUCAACUGAACGAUGGAAUCCGCAUGCUGCAAUUCCAAACCCACAUCGUCAACAACACCGUGAAACUCUGCCACACCAGCUGCGACCUGCUGGACAUGGGUCUGCUGGAAACCUACCUCAACACCGUCGCACGAUGGAUGAAGAGCCAUCCGUAUGACGUGGUCACGAUCCUGAUCGGGAACUACGACUACGCGCUACCCGGCAACUUCACCGAACCCAUCCGCAAAUCCGGCCUGCUGGACCUGGCCUACACCCCGCCCAAGAUCCCUAUGAGUCUGCACGACUGGCCCACGCUGUCCACCAUGAUCCUGUCGGGCAAACGCGCCGUCCUGUUCAUGGACUACAUGGCCAACCAGACUGCCUACCCAUGGUUGAUGGACGAGUUCACGCAGAUGUGGGAGACGCCGUUCUCGCCGACGGAUCGCAAUUUCCCCUGCACGGUGCAGCGCCCGCCCGGUCUGCAUCCGCCCGACAUUCGCAAUCGCAUGUACCUGGCCAACCACAAUCUCAACCUGGAUCUGAACUUUGCCAAUCUGAACCUGUUGAUUCCCAACACGGCGCAGCUGAACCAGACGAACGCCGUGGACGGAUUUGGCAGUCUAGGCUGGAUGGCCAACAAUUGUACCAGGGACCACGGCCGACCUCCCAACUUCCUCCUUGUUGACUAUUACAACUAUGGCCAGGUGAACGGGUCCGUCUUCGAGGUCGCCGCCGACAUGAACAACGUCACGUACAAUGGCAAAUGCUGCGGUACGACGUCGUCCGGGACGAGUUUCGCGCCGCACGGCAUGGUGAUGUCAGCGGUGCUGAUUGCAGGCGUGCAGUAUUUGAUUUCGAUAUUCUAA